AUGAAUAAAAUAAUUAUGUUGUUUCGAUUAAGUAAUUGGAUUACACAAAAACAAUACGAACAAUUAAGUAUCAGGCCAAAUGAAGUGGAAUUAGCUCAUCUUAAUUAUUUACCAAAAGCUCACAAACCUGGCACUCCACUUCGGCCAAUUGUUUUUGAACUCAAACAUCCAGCUAUAAAAAUAUCAAAAUUUCUCGACGAAUUGCUCCGACCAUUAUUUGAUAAAAUAUCAUCAAACACAACUGUUACUUCUCGAACCGAAGUUAUCAAACAGUUACACGAAUGGUCAAAACAUAAUAUAUGUCAAGAAACUUUACCAGGUACAAUGAAUGUUAUGGAUCUUUAUACAAUGAUGCCACAAAUCGAAGGAAUACUAUCAAUUAGAAAAAUCCGAUUUGUGGUACAAAAUAAUUAUUUUUCUUAUAAUGGUAAAUAUGAUCAUCAAGUACGUGGUGGUGCUAUGGAUAUUGUGAAACAAAUUAAGAAUAGUGAUGGACUCUAUUUACGUUAUACUGAUGAUAUAUGUAUUACGAUCAACUGGCCUAUUCAACAUGUAUAUAAACAAAUUGAUCGAUGGAAUAAAUUUGAUCAAAAUAUAAAAUAA